GUCGUGCAUUGGUAGAUGAGUUAGAUACGGUGAUUAGGCGAGGAAACGAUUUGGAUACACGAAAUAUUCUUCAUCAUUGCCCGGUCGAACCUACAUGCGCGCGGGGUCCUGAAUACUCGACAAUGGAUCGAUUAACUGAACAAGCUCGAGUUUUUCAACUAGACUAUGAUGUA